AUGAUGACACUCCUCCUGUCAGCGACGGCUGGCGCGCUCGUCACGCCGCCCGCCCGCAGCCUGCAUGUCGCCGCGUGGCAGGGCGCUGCAGUCACGGCCGACGUGCCGGCCAACGUCGCACGCGUGGCUACCGAGGUGGCGGCCGCUGGCCGGGAGGGCGUGGAGGUGCUGCUCUUCCCCGAGAUGUUUCUGCACGGCUACGACGCCACCGAGGAGCAGCUUCGGGAGCUUGCCCUCACGCAGGACUCGCCGGAGCUCAAGCAGGUGGCAGAGGCCGCCGCUGGUGCCGGCGUGUGCGUGGGCGUGCCCUAUGCUGAGCGCGACGGCGAGGCUCUCUUCAACUCGAUGGCGGUCUUCGACGCAACGGGCGAGCUGGUGUGCAACUACCGCAAGGUCAACCUGUGGGGCGACUGGGAGCAGGGCCUCUUCCAGCGCGGCGCGCCCGGCUCAUUUGAGCCGUUUGAGCUCGCAACCGCCUCGGGCGAAGCCGUGACGUGCGGCUGCCUCAUCUGCUACGACAUCGAGUUCCCCGAGCCGUCGCGCGCACUCGCGCUGCAGGGCGCCGAGCUGCUGCUCGUCCCGACCGCGCUCGGCGAAGGCGACGUCGAGAUGGCCACGCCGCUCAACGUCGUGCCCACGCGCGCCCUCGAGAACCACGUCCACAUCAUCUACUCCAACCUCGAGGGCGGAGCCGACGCGGCCGAGCGGCCCGGCCAGAGCGGCGUGCCAUCAAGCUCGAUGCGUAUUCUUGCAUUCCAACUGGCGCUCGACACGGCACGCACGCGCCUCUCGGCGACGCUCGACCUGGACGGCUACGGCGGCGCGGUCGCGCGCAACCCGUACCUGACCGACUUCGCUCAGCGCUUCGCCGCCGGCCACUACGACGCGCUGCUGCUUCCUCCCACGGGCGGUCGGUCGCCCGUCACCGACGAGCGGCCGCGCCGGCGCGCACGGCUUGCCGGCUGCCUCGACGCUGCGGGCGAGGACGUGGGCGGCAGGCCCGACGCCGGGUCGCGCGCCGAGGAGCGGCGCGUGCAGGAGUUCCUCCGCGGGCUGCCGAAGCCGACGCGGCUGAGCUACGGCGAGAGCGAGGCGCAGCAUGUGGAGCUGUUCACGCCGGCUGAUACAGAGCGGCUCCUCGCGUCCGUCGACGAGGACGGCGGCGCGGGCGGCGCGCUGCCGACCGUCGUCAUCGUGCACGGCGGCUUCUUCAAGGACAAGUGGUCCGCGCGCAACACGCAGACGGCGAGCCUCGUCCCCUUCUUGCUCGAGCGCGGCCUCGCGGCGGGGCUCGUCGAGCGCGGCAUGCCGGGCGGCACCUACCCCGGCCCGGAGGAGGACGUGACGGCGGCGCUCGCGGCGGUGGCGGCGCGGCCGGAGGUCGACGCGUCGAGGAUGGUGGUGCUGGGCCACUCGGCGGGAGCGACGCUCGCAAUCGCCGCCGACGAGGGCGACGCGAUCGAGAGGUACCUCGAAGGUCCGCCGUCGACGGAGGCGGCGAGGGAGCGGUACGCCGCCGCGUCGCUCCCGACGGCGCUGACGACGCCGACACUGUUGGUCACCGGCAAGGACGACCCCGACGUGCCUCCACAGCUCGUCACCGACUACGCCGCAAGGUGCGAGCAAGACGCCGCCGCCUCGGGCGACGCCGACGCUGCGGGCGUGAGUCUGCUCGAGAUCCCGCUGGCGGGCCACUACGAUGUCGUCACCGCCGACGCGACGCCGUGGCUCUCCGUCUGGCAGAAGGCCCUAGAAGCGGAACACGCGCUCGUGCAGAAGACGACCGAGCUGCUCGCGCGGCACGCGGGCUGGUCGGUGCCGCCGCGCGCCGCCGACUACGGCGUGACGCGCGAGCGCGGCUUCCUCCCGAAGGUCGACCCUGUCGCCUCGCUGCUGCCGCUGGCCGAGGGCGCCGCAGACCCGACCGGCGAGGCGGCGGCGCUCUUCCGCGCGUGGGAGGCGGCGGCGGCGGGUCUGCCCGGGCUGCUCGCGGCGCGCAACGUGCGGACGGUCGUCUCAGAGCUGCCGACGACGCCGGCGCCGAGCGUGUGGAUCGCCGCGUUGCAGGGCGACGAGCGCAGGCUCGAGCGCGCCUACUCUCUGCUCUCCUUCCUCUCCCACUCGUUCGUCUGGGGCGAGGAGCCCACCGCGACCGCCCUCCCGCGGCAGCUGGCGGUGCCGUGGUGUGCGGUGGCAGAGGAGACGCCGCUGAAGCGCCGACCGGUUCUGACGUACGCGUCCUUCAACCUGUUCAACUGGCGACGCAUCGACCCUGCCGCGCCGGUGGCGCUGGGCAACACUGCGCGCUCGCUCAACUUCCUCGGCGGCCAGGACGAGGAGUGGUUCUCGGCGGUGCACGUGGCCAUCGAGGCGCGCGCGGGCGAGGCGGUCGUCGCCGCUGCCGAGGCCCAGCGGCUAAGCGUCGGCCUCGCGACGCCGGCAGAGGCGGUGGGCGGCAGAGGCGGGCCCGCGAGCCCCGCACGGUACGCGCGCGACGUGCUCGGGCUGCUCGGGACGGCGGCCGAGUCGAUCGAGGCGUGCGUGGCGAUCCUCCGCCGCAUGGGGGAGCGUUGCGACCCCUACAUCUACCACCAGGCGAUGCCUCCCGAAGGCCUCGUCUAUGAGGGGGUCGCACCCGCCUCGCGCACCGAUGGGGCGGCUGGGGCGGACGACGGUGGCGAGGCCGUGUGGCGGACAGAGCGGUACUUUGGAGAGACGGGCGCUCAGAGCUCCGUGGUGCCGGCGCUCGACGCCGCGCUCGGCAUCGGUAUGUCGGAGGACGAGCUGCUCCCGUACCUGCUGGCGAUGCGCGAGUACAUGCCGCCCGAGCACGCCGCCUUCAUCGACGCGCUCGAGCGCGGCCCGCGGCUGCGCGAGGCGGUGCGCCGCGCGAACGACUACGCGCUGACCGCGGCGUACGACCGCUGCGUGUCGGCGCUGGUCGCCUUCAGGAAGCUGCACUUUGAGCUGGCGUUCACGUACGUGCGCCAGUGGGACAGCCGCAAGGACGACGAGAUCCAGGGCACCGGCGGCACGCCCUUUAUGCCGUACCUGCGCAAGCACCGGCGCACCACCCACGAGGCGCUCAUCGACGCUCGGACACGCGGCGGCGCGGACGAGGGGGCAGCGGCCGCCGCGUGA